GUUCCCAUCUAGUUCCCCGAAGACUUCUUCUCUGUGAUCCUUGAAAAAGGAAGCUUAUCGGCCAUGCGAUUCCUCACCCCUGUGGACCUGGAGAUGCUGGAGAAAGUGUCCAGGGAACUAUGGAUGUGUGUCUGGUCAUGGGAUGAAGACAUCUUGGAGCCCCAGACCAUCCUGGCCCCUGCAGAGAAGACUGGCAUGUUUCUGGAACAAGCCCAGACUCUUCUGGAAAAGAUCUCAACGUCAAAGAUGAAGAACAAGCUCAAGGACACCACUGAGGCAACCUGUGAAUAUGGGGCCUUUGGGGUGCCCCUCACCAUGGCCCAUCAGGAUGGCCAAACACACAUGCUGUUGGGCUCUGGAUGUUGGCACACCUGCUGGGAGAGAAGGGGAUGGACCCUGUGCCUCCAGCCGUAG